AUGCUUCAUGGGAAGAAACUGUGGACCGGAGUCAUAGUUUUCAAGCCACCGAAAAGCUUCGGCCUUGUGCAAGAGGUCGAAGAUGAGGCGGUGACACCGACACCGAGUGGACCAGGCGGAGACGGAGCACCGAGCGUACUGGAUGGAGACGGAGCACCGACUGGACCGGACGGAGACAGCACACUGACUGGACCGGACGGAGGCAGCACAUCGAGCGGACCAGGCGGAGACGGAGCACCGAGCGUACUGGAUGGAGACGGAGCACCGACUGGACCGGACGGAGACAGCACACUGACUGGACCGGACAGAGACAGCACAACGAGCGUACCGGAUGGAGACGGAGCACCGACUGGACCGGACGGAGAGAGCACACCGAGCGAACCAGGCGGAGACAGCACACCGAGUGGAAUGGACGGAGGCAGCACAUCGAGCGGACCAGGCGGAGACGGAGCACCGAGCGUACCGGAUGGAGACGGAGCACCGACUGGACCGGACGGAGAGAGCACACCGAGCGAACCAGGCGGAGACAGCGCACCGAGUGGAAUGGACGGAGGCAGCACAUCGAGCGGACCAGGCGGAGACGGAGCACCGAGCGUACCGGAUGGAGACGGAGCACCGACUGGACCGGACGGAGACAGCACACUGACUGGACCGGACGGAGGCAGCACAUCGAGCGGACCAGGCGGAGACGGAGCACCCAGCGUACCGGACGGAGACGGAGCGCCGACUGGACCGGACGGAGACAGCACACCGAGCGAACCAGGCGGAGACAGCACACCGAGUGGAAUGGACGGAGGCAGCACAUCGAGCGGACCAGGCGGAGACGGAACACCGACUGGAACGGACGGAGACAGGACACCGAGUGAACCAGGCGGAGACAGCACACCGAGUGGAAUGGACGGAGGCAUGACACCGAGUGGACCAGGCGGAGACGGAGCACCGGGCGGACCUGCACAAGCGUGCCUUCUGGGAGACGAUGGCGGCCGGCACAAGCGCGCCUGCAGGGACGACAUUCGCCACCACAACUCAGUCACGCAAAAGGCGACGAACCCGAUGAACAUCGGGACAUGA